AUGAACAUUCUUCAACCAGUGCUUCGGUUUUUCUCUCUAGAGGCACUCGACACGAGGCUCUUCCCGCCGUCAGAUCCGGCAAAGAGACAGCAGAUUGUCGCUCGAGCUGAGCCUCAGUCCAAAUGGAAAACUCUUGAGUUCAGGGUGUACGCUGUGAUCUUCAUGUUGGCAAUUCCCCUUAUGUGGAAAACAGCAAUGGAUGCCUCGAACGAGUAUAACCCAAAUUACCCAAAGUACGAGCCGCUAUUAAGCCAGGGGUGGAUGUUCGGCAGGAAAGUUGAUAAUUCAGAUACACAGUAUCGUUUCUUCAGGAACAACUUUUGGCUCCUUGUGGGCCUUGUGGCGGGACACGUGUCACUCAGGAAAUGGAUAGUGCAUGUCAAGGGCGAUAUUGAACGAACCUGGUUUGACGUCGGCUUCGGCGUCGUGUACCUUUUUGCACUUCAUGGAGUAAAUGUGGUGAAGAUCUUCUUGCAUGUUUUCGUCAUGUACACAUUUGCAAAGCGUGUAACGGAAGUGAAGCUUGCCAAAGUUUUGCUCUGGGUGUAUGGAAUUGCAACCUUAUUCAUCAAUGAUCGCUACUGGAACGCGUCGUUUCACCUUGAUGUCAUUGACAACGGCUUCAAGGGUAUCAUUCCACGCUGGGACGUAUUUUACAACUUCACCCUUCUUCGGAUGCUCUCUUUUGGGUUAGAUUAUCUAGAAAAGAUAAACUCAGCUCCUUCGGAGCCGAAAGGAGUAACGGAGAACUUGGAUGAGAGGGAUCGUCUUGUUGCACCACUUCCUCUCCUGGAUUACAGCUUCUUCAACUAUAUUGCAUACAUAACUUAUGCUCCUUUGUUUAUUGGCGGCCCCAUCAUUACAUUUAAUGACUACUUGUACCAGACACAGUAUUACAGACUUGGAUCCACUCUUAAUAUCAAGCGCACGGCACUUUAUGGGAUGCGCUUACUAUUUUGCAUUUUAGUCAUGGAGUUCAUUCUUCAUUUCAUGUAUGUUGUCGCAGUCUCCAAAACUAAGGCAUGGGAUGGUGACACUCCAUUCCAGCUCUCCAUGUUAGGCAUGUUUAACUUGAACGUCAUAUGGCUUAAGCUACUUAUACCGUGGAGACUUUUUCGGUUCUGGGCAUUGCUCGACGGCAUUGAUCCACCUGAAAACAUGAUACGAUGCAUGGACAACAACUACCUGGCUCUAGCAUUCUGGAGAGCAUGGCAUCGUUCUUACAACAAGUGGGUGAUUCGCUAUAUCUACGUGCCCCUUGGUGGUGGAGGACGUAAAGGUCAGAACAGUAGCUCGAGCAAUAUGAUAUCAAGAGUCGUGAACACUCUCGUAGUGUUCAGUUUCGUUGCUGUGUGGCACGAUAUCGAGCUCAAGCUACUCAUAUGGGGAUGGCUAGUGGUGAUCUUCCUCUUGCCAGAGAUUUUGGCCACAAUCUACUUCAAGAAAUACUCCGGGAAGCCGUGGUUCCGUUACUUGUGCGGUGUUGGUGCCUCGAUAAAUAUUUGGCUCAUGAUGAUUGCAAACUUGUUUGGCUUUUGCCUUGGCAAAGACGGUACCGUUGCACUCAUCAAGGAGAUGUUUAGCACUCUUCAAGGAUUGCGUUUUUUCAUCUUGGCGCUGGCCACGUUAUUUGUUGGCGUACAGGUGAUGUUUGAGAUGAGAGAAGCGGAGAAAAGACGAGGCAUUGACGUUAAAUGCUAA